UAUUUUAAAUACAUGUCAAAGAGCAAGAAUGAUGCUACAAACUAUGCGGGUAAUAAAUACAAGGUAGAUACGGUACCGCUGGAUAUUGCUCAGCUGGUGCAAAAUGAUUGGACACAGCAGAAACCCAAAGAGUGGCCUUACGGUUACGAUACCCAGCAUUUGGCAAGGAGCACCAGCCGAUACAGCGCUACUAGCAGUAAUCGUUGA